AUGGCGUCAGAUCGAGACCCUCUGGCAGACUGGCUCAAGACUCUGCCUGCAGUUGAGUUGGAACGCCUCCGGGAAGCCCACUCUGUGUCAGCGCAAGCAGCCGUGGACACGGCCGUGCCAGCCGAUGCUCGGCCUUCGGAUAAUCCUUAUGGCCUGUCCCCGCGCAGCCUCCUUAUCUACCAGAACCAGGAAGCCUAUUACCACGCCCAGGACGGAUGUUACACAGGCCCUAUCCCAGACUGUUUUGACUACGUCCCACCUCAGGACACAGAAGACCUGGAAGAAGCCGACACAGCACAGCCCUCUCAGCCUUCUGCAGCCGCAGUUGACGCCGAGCCCACGGCGCUAGGGGUCCUUAUUAAGGGUCCCUCCUUUUACCCUUGGAUCCUAGGAUGCCCAGUUGUACCCUUUUUCCAUCUUGUAGUCCGAGGUUCCUUAUAA